GAGGCGGCGCACCCUGCCUGGGCUCCUGCGGCCGUCUCAGACCCGGGAGCCACCCGGGGACACAGAGCGGGCAGGCCGGGCGGACCCCGAAGUGAGCGCGGAGCGCGCCGAGGGACGGUCCUCGAGGCUUGCCGGGUGGCCGCAGCGAUGCCAGACCUGUGGAGAGCAAUCGUCCUGGAGACCCUUCUGGGCUACGUCUCUUGGUCUCUCUACCACGGGCUGGGACCCAUGAUCUAUUACUUCCCCCUGCAAACGCUGGAGCUCACGGGGCUGGAAUUGUUUGGCGUGGCCUUUCUCUCCCCGAUACUCUUAAUAGUUCCUCCAUUCUGGAAACUCGUAAGUCAGAAGUGGACGCUCUCUCUGCUGAGGAUCGUCACUGUCGGCAGCAUAGCCUCCUUUGAGGCUCCGAAUGCCAAGCUUCGGUUGGUGGUCCUGGCACUUGGCGUAUCUUCUUCACUGAUAGUGCAGACUGUGAGCUGGUGGUCAGGAAGUGGAUUGCAGAGGUACCUCAGAAUCUGGGGAUUCAUUUUGGGACACAUGCUUCUUGUUGUCCUCCGCAUAUGGUACACAUCAUUAAACCCGAUUUGGAGUUAUCAGAUGCCCAACAGAGUGAUAUUGGCCUUGAGUGCCAUAGCUGUGUUUGACCGCAUUGGCACAGAUGGUGACUACAGUAACUCUGAGGGGAAGAAGCCCAGUGAGGUCACCAAGGGCAUGGCCUCUCGAUCUAGCUGGCUGUUGCCGGGUGCCGCCUUUGGGAGCAUCGUGUUCCUCACUCACUGGAUCUUUGGAGAGGUCUCCAUUGUUUCCAGAUGGGCAGUGAGUGGUCAUCCUCAUCCAGGUCCUGAUCCUAACCCAUUUGGAGGUGCGGUUCUGCUGGGCUUGGCAGGUGGGUUGAUGCUUUCAGGCUCGUCGUGGCUUCGUGAUGCUGGCUUAGCCUGGUGGGUGACAGGAGCAGCUUCGGCCGUGGGUCUCCUUUACCUGCGCACGUGGGCAGCAGCAGUUUCUGGAUGUGGAUUGGCGGUCUUCACGGGCUCCAUGUGGCCUCAAGUACUUGGACACCUUGUGAACUCAGGGACACACCCUGGGGAGACCAUGGCCACUGGCAUGGCCAUUUAUCUUUUAGAGAUAUUUUUCUGUGCCUGGUGCACAGCUUUUAAGUUUGUCCCUGGAGGUGUCUAUGCUAGAGAAAGAUCUGAUGUGCUUUUGGGCACCAUAAUGGUAAUUAUUGGAUUGAGUAUGUUGUUUGGACCUAAGAAAAACCUUAACUUUCUUCUUCAAACAAAAAAUAGUCCUAAAGUGCUUUUAAGAAAGACUGAAAAGUAUAUGAAACUUAUUUUGUGGCUGCUGGUUGGUGUGGGGUUAUUAGGAUUAGGACUACGGCACAGAACCUAUGAGAAGAAACUAGGCCAAGGGGCACCAGUGAAAGUGGUUUCCGCUGCCAUCUGGCCCUUUAGGUUUGGAUAUGACAACGAGGGAUGGUCGAACCUGGAGGGGUCCGCUCAACUGCUCAAGCAGACGGGUGCAGACUUUAUUACCAUUCUGGAGAGCGAUGCUUCUAAGCCCUACAUGGGGAACAACGACUUAACCAUGUGGCUGGGGGAGGAGCUGGGCUUCUAUACAGACUUUGGGCCCAGCACCAGGGAUCACACUUGGGGGAUUAUGGUGCUGUCGCGGUACCCAAUUGUGAGAUCGGAGCAUCACCUUCUUCCGUCGCCAGAGGGCGAGAUUGCACCAGCCAUAUCUCUGACCGUUAACAUCUCCAACAAACUGGUGGACUUUGUGCAGCCGAGUCUCUUCUGUGGCUGCAGUUCCUUCCUGGAAGGCCCCAGCUCCGUCAUGGAAACCUCUGCCCUAGGCGAACUCCCUCUAGCCAAUGCUGACUUCGGACUGACUCUCUAGUGUCACCCCUUCCUGUCCCUCCUCUAGCUGUCGGGGUGGUGUUAGUGUCUCAUUGCUGCCGACCUCUGAUGGCAUCGCUGGCCCCUGACUGGCUCCUCAUCACUUAAGUAAUCAAUUCCCUAUAUUAAAUUCACUCUGUUUGAAACUCCCGGGGUGCCUCUAUCUUCCUGAUAGGUCAAACAAAUAUGUUCUUUUCUCUGAGACAGUAGAGCCCUCCAAAGCUUAAUGUACUUGCCGACUUAUCUGUUUCAUGCCUACAGUAAUUCGUAUGUUAAUAACAGGAUGCCCAGCCAGUAUUUGGGCGAGAGAGCAGAGGAGACAUUCAGAAAAUGUUCAGUCGAAGUAACACUGUGGGUCACACAACAAUACCAACAACAAGAUCCAGGGAUGCAAUGCUUGGUGGCUAUUAGUUCUUUAGCUGUGAUCCUGGUGACCAGGUCUCACAUCACUGUCACACUUUCUUCUUUAACUUGUGUAUUUUAUAUUUACUCACUAUGUUGAAGAGUAAGCAUUGGGCCUUUGUACAUGUGAAGCAAAUACUCUACCUUGAUGAGCUACAUCCUCACACCUUCCAUGACUUAUUCAUAGUGAAGAAAAACUUGAGUAAAUUCUGUGUUUGGCAUAGAAACUUAAAGAUGUGUUUCAUUUUUAUCUGUGCACCUGUGCCUGCGAGUAGGGAUGUACACGUAAUUGUGAGUACCCGAGGAAGCCACAAGAGGGUGACAGAUGCCUUGAUGCUGGAGUCACAGGUGGUUGUGAGCUGGCUGACCUGGAUGCUGGGAACUGAAUUCCAUUCUUCUGCAGGAACAGCAAGGACUCUGAAGUGCUAAGCCAUCUUGUCAUCCCCAGCAGAGAUUUUAAAUCAACUUGAUUCAGUGGUUUCUGAAGAAAUGUGUUUCCUAGUCAAGACUUUGUCAAGCCCAGUUUGAAGUGCUGAUCUAUGUCCUGUUCACUGUAAAAACUCAGACCUUUUCCCAACAGAAAUUACUCUGGUUUUGUACCCUGUUUGAGGAUAUUUUGGGGGA